UUCAGCAUGCCACACGUCCGUCCUUUCUAAUCGCCGGCAAGUUGAGUCCACAUGAUCAUUUCAGUUCUCGCAGUAUUCGCGUACUUCUACCCCGAUAAAAUCAUGGCUAAAAACGCAGAGAGAAGUUUCAUCAUGGUGAAGCCUGAUGGCGUCCAACGGGGACUCAUCAGCGACAUUAUGAAGCGAUUUGAACAGAAGGGCUUCAAGUUGGUGGCUGCUAAAAUUAUGAAGGCCGAUAAUGAAUUGGUGAAGCAACAUUACAUUGAUCUGAAGGACAAGCCAUUCUACCCCGGCCUUUGUUCUUUCAUCUCUAGCGCUCCAGUGUUCCCGAUGGUGUGGGAAGGCCUCAAUGUUGUCAAGACUGGGCGUGACAUGCUCGGAGAAACCGACCCGGCCAAAUCCAAGCCAGGCACCAUCCGCGGAGAUUACUGCAUCCAAAUCGGCCGCAACAUCAUCCACGGAUCAGACUCUGUUGAGACCGCUAAGAAAGAGAUCGCUCUGUGGUUUAAGGAAGAGGAGCUGGUGGACUGGAAGCUGUCUGGCUAUGAGAACAUCUAUGAAUAGGAACUUCAUAUCACAAUUCUAUUUAGAUUUCACAUAGUGUUCGUAUUAUUACCAAGUGAUAUUAUGUUCAACAAAUUUUUUUGAAAAAAAACAUUAACUUGCAGUGGAUGAGCUCUCAGUUAAUCUGAUAUUAUCCAAGGUUUAGUUUCAUGUGUUGGUGUUUUAAGGUUGAAUAAGCCAAUCAAAUUCUUUUUGGUGUUGCUCAAGUGCAAUGGAAGCAAUUUGAUUGGCUGAAUUUGGAUUGUUGCUAUUCAUCAUGAGUGAGAUCCAAUGAGGAAUUGAAUUUGUGCAUUUGAAACAAAAAAAGUAUUAUUUGAAACAAGAUCUUCAACGUCGACAAAUGAGACAGCCGUUGUUUUCUUUAACCAUUAAUAUGGUGUGGAGACAUCCAAGACAUAGAAAUGUAUCAGUUUUAUAUUUGAGAUUGAGAUGCUUCACCCACUCGCUCUACCACAUCCAAUCUGGGUUCCAAAGCCUGUCAACCUUGCUGGGUGGACCCAGUUGUUAAAGAUGAUCCAAUAUAAAUUUGAUGCUUGUCAUCUUUUAAAUAAAAUAAAGUAUAGAUUAUUUAUCAACUAAUUCUCUUCACUAAGUCACAAAGUGCACUUGGUUCAGUAUUAGUUAUAAAAAUCAGUUUGUGAACUCACAAAGCAGAAGCUGUUUGUUUUAGUCUAAAACUUAAAAAGGCAACUUUGAGUUUUACUCAUACAACUGUCUCAAAUUGAGGUAUCAAUAUCACACAAAGGUCUCAAAUGAAAAGUUUAUGCUCUAAGCAUUUCAAACCCUUCCAUAAUAAGCAGUUUGUCAUCUGUGACUAUGGUUUUAGGACCUACCAACAAAGGACCAAAAACACCACUGCAUGCUUUGUAUGCAUUAUGUAUUUGUUAAUCUAGUAUCACCAAGUAUUAUGUACAAUUAAUGGUCACCGGGUAUUUAGGGUUACAUAAUCUUGCAUCGGAGAAAAUAAAAACACUAGAGACGUCGUCUUUCUCAUAUCUAGUCUGCUACUUCUUAUUCUUUUGACUCAAGUUAUUCGAAGAAUUAAACGGCUGUUGCAAAUUUCUUGCUGACACAAUGGAAUAAGUGUUUUAAAAAGUGGGCAAUUGCCACGGGUUUGGACACAAGUAGACGGGAAGACUCAGCUAACAGAGAAACAAGAGAUUAUCGCCACUUUUUUGAAACAAGUAACUUGAGUUUGUGUAGGGUGACCUUUCGCUUUUUAAAUGGGAAAAGGUAACCUUUCCAAGGCUCUUUAUUUCUGUUACGUGUUCGGGAAGUAAGAGAAAAACACUUAAUGGUUUCAUGAUGCAAGAUUACUUUAAUAUUUGAGUUCACUUAUCAUUUGUCUGGAAACUGCGUAGGCGUGGGUGUGACCACCAGGUAGGAGCCGUAGCAAAUCUGUUUUGAAAACCAUGUAUCACAGUAAUAAUGUGCAGAAUAUCACAAGAGUUAGACAUGUCAUAAUUGCCCCAUUCACCAUGGGAGUUGCACAGCUGUGCCACAUCUAAAGUGCUAAUUUUAGAAAGAUCGUGUUUGCAAAUUGUAAAACAUUGGACACUUCAAUUCGCUUGUAUAUCUAGUUUGGAAAACCAAUUUCAUGGAGCUGCUAAACCACUUAAAGUAGCUAAGCAGAAUGAAAAUGUGCUUAACAGAAUAAGGUUACAAGCCAAAGCACCAUGUGACGAUUGGUUUCUUGUUUGCUCCGCAGAAAACUUUUAAGCAACAUUUUCCGCUCGAGCAGCUCUAUGAAAAUGGGCCCUGCUCUUGAAUCGUUGAGGAAUGUUUUUUAAACGCUUUCCAAUCGCGUAAACGACUUUGUAAUAAAUGUCUUACACAAUAUACACACAUUUUUAAAAUGCCAAUUCUCUGUAAAAAUGCCAUCUUUAAUUUAUUUCAGUAUAAAAAGCUACUUAAUAAUCAUGACAACAAAGCUUCCAUGUUUUGAAAAAACAGGGUGAUGGAAUAAAUGCAUUGAAGGAUGAUGAUGAAAAAGAGAAA